CCAUGGUGGUUGUCGAUUAAAUUAGUGAAUGCAGCUGACAAAUGAAAUCUCCAAGCCAUAUAAUUAUACCAUUUACCUAUCUUUAUUUCGUUGAUGCUGUGUAUUAGGCAUUAUGCAUUAAGGUACACUGCAUAGUUUUUAAAUGUAAUCAUUUUUUACGUUAAAUAUUUUAAGCGUUUUUGCUGGAUUUGUCUUGGCCGAUUAAAUUUGGGCUGGGCAGUAAGACUGUAACCGCUGUGAGUUUUGGGUAGUCGCGUUCGACUAGUUUAAGUACAAUUGCUGAUUGUAUUUCUUUUCUUAAUGAGAUCAGUACAUUAAGGUCAAUUACCAUGCGCUUUCGCUGGACUGCUGUUGUAAAGUGUGCACUUCCUGUUAUUGCCAUCAUUCUGUUAUACCAUGCUUCUCCAGCGGAGGGGAGAUCGCUUCGUCGAGAAGAACGAGGAAUAACCGAAGCUUUCCAAAAGGCUAAAGGUUUUUUGCAAGACUAUGGGUGGUUACCAAAAUGGAAUCCAGAAAAUUUUCGCGAGGCCACUGGCCGCGUACUGCGAAAAGUGAUAAAAAAAUUUCAGAGAUUCUUCGGCCUUCGAGAAACAGGCGAAUUGGACAUUCCAACUGUGACUCUCAUGAAUUCGCCGCGUUGCGGAGUGGAAGACAAUAUGCAGGUGGUGGACGCGCAGAUUGAAGCGGAAGAAGGCCCGGAUCCGGAAUCGAAUAAUCCCAACGAUAACAGUGCUACCAUGGCGCGUCGAAAGCGAUAUAUUAUUCAGGAUUCCGUGCUGCAGGGCCAGAAAUGGCAACGGCGCGAUCUAAAAUACCGUGUCACGCAGUACAGUAGCAAGAUUGACCGGGCGACCGUCGAUGGGGUUUUUCGCAAAGCGUUUUUUGAAUGGGAAAAAGCCGGUCCGUUCAACAUCACUCUGAAACCGGAUGGGCCGGUGCACAUCGAUAUUAAAUUCGCACCGGGUGAUGGUCCAGGCAAAGCUCUGGCCUACGCAUACGGACCUGGUCCAGGUAUCGGAGGAGAUAUGAGAUUUGAUGAGUACGAGGACUGGACAGUGCGCAGUGCGAGCGGACAAAAUCUGUAUAUGGUGGCAUUACAUGAAAUCGGGCAUACAUUUGGAUUAGACCACUCAAACGUUAAGGGAGCUAUCAUGAAUCCGUAUUAUUCCGGUUAUGUGCAAGGAAAGUCCCUGCAGCCGGAUGACAUUGCCGGGAUUCAAGCAAUUUAUGGUCCUCGAACGCAAAGGCCGGCGCCACCCGCAGCACCGACAGCUGCAAAAAUGAUAGCCGAGCAGACCGGAAGAGAACGACGCGGAAAGCUAUCGGCACUAUACCGCGAUGUGUGCAACAUGGGAGAAAAUGAAAAGGUCAUCGACGGAGUGACAAUUACCGAAGACAGACGCGUAUAUGCCUUCAAGGGGAAAUACUUCUUUGAGUUAUCCCAAGAUAGUUCUCGCUCACAGCCAGAGCCAAUUUCGCAAGGUUGGGUGGGGCUACCGGAAACGAUUGACACCGUGUUCACUGGACCGGAAGGAUAUACAUUCUUUUUCAAGGGUGAUCAAGUAUACAGGUUCAAAAACCGGCAAAUGCAAUCCGGCUAUCCACGGCCAAUAAGCCAAGCAUUCCCCGGCGUUCCCAGUAAUCUGGAUGCCGUAUUCUUUUAUUUACCAAACAGAAAGAUCUACUUUAUCAAAGGCGGCCAGUAUUAUCGAUUCGAAGCGGGAACGGAAAGAAGAGUGGCAGACGGCUAUCCGAAAAAUCUAUCCGAGUGGAAGAAGCUACCCGGCCACAUCGAUGCUGCGGUUAUGUGGCGUGAUGGUCGAACAUAUUUCUUCGCCGGGAAGAACUAUUAUAAAUUCAAUGACGCAAAAUUCGCCGUGGAAGAUGGAUAUCCCAAGCCGACCGCCUCGUGGUGGUUUUCCUGUCCUGAAGAAACUUCUGAAGUGGAAGCGGCUACAGAAUCGCCAGUCUGACUGUAGCAUUCAGCACAACAUUCUUCAAUUAUAAAAAUAUUCAACUACAAAACUUAACCGUGAAACCGGUAUAAUUGUAGCUGGGUCUGUCGGCAAAAGCAAGAGUGCUCAAGUUAGACAAUGUCUGAAAACAAAAUGUUCUUUCACAAAAAGGUAACGCCGUUGAUGAUUCAGAGCAAAUACUGAAAAGAGCAGCCUGAAACCAUUUUGAACAAAAAUAAAAACAGGAACUGGAA